AUGAAUCGAUGGGAAGCUUAUCAGCACAGUCCUACUGCUGUUUUACAAAAUGGAGUGAUAAUACAAGAUAACAAAGCGGUUACUGAGCAUGGAGUGUUUCAGCAUGCUACUGUUGGUAACUUUUUGGGAUCCAGCAUUGAAGGUUCAGGUUCCGGUUUUAUACGCUGUGUAUAUACAGCGAAGAAUACAGUAAAUGCAACCGUUACAUUAUUAUGUGAUAUCGAUGCUGGUUGUUGUGAGAGAGGUUGCUGUCCACAGGAUCUGUUCUGGAUGGCUGGUGUGUUUAUUCUGUUAGUUUUUGUGCUUUUGGUGUUUGUCAUUGGCACAUGCGUCAUAAUUUUUUGCUAUUGGCGAACGAAAAGGGAGCAGCGUAGAGAAGCAUAUGAAUAUAGCAUUUAUGGCUCACAGAUUGGUAUGUAUCCGGAUGGAUACAGCUCAAAUCAACAUAUGUAUCAAAGGUACUAG